AUGAUAUGGUUUGAAGAUUUCGAAAGGAAAUUUAGUUCUUUAUUAGAAGAACAUAAUAAUAGGGUAGUACAGCAAAAUAAUCAAAAACAAUAAAACCAGGAUAUUAAUAGUAUAAAUCAAGGAUUUAAAGAUGAGAGAAAUGAUUUAGAUUCAUUUAAAAUUGAAGAUUAAAAACAAUAAAAUGAAAUGUAUCUUGAUAAUAUUGAUUUUUAUGAACUUUAUGAUGACGAGGAUUUCAAAAAACUUUUGAAGUAGAAUUCUAUAAUACAAUAUGAUUAAUUGGCAGUAUCAAAGAAUCCAAUUUUUUGCUUUUUUAUAAGAAUUUUAUAGAUUGUGUAACAGAGUAUCGAGGAAUCACAUCAUUUAAAAGUAUGGGGAAUUUUAAAUAAUCUGCUAGAUUAUAUAAAUAUUGAAAGAAGCGUUUUGGUAUAUAUUCUCAUAGGAUUUUAGUAGGAAAAAAUUGACUUUGAUUUAAGUAAAGCGCUCUAGAGACUCUACCGUAUUUUAUAAGGAAUUAAAGGUUUGAGGCAGCGAGUAUUGAAGGAUAUUGAUACUUAAACUUUUUAGAAUCGUAAAUAUAAUUAAAAUCCUUCUUUGCACGCUAAUGCUUAACUUAGAUCUCCAAAUAACUUAAUGUUAAGCAAGAAAAGUUCUUAAAAAAAAUAUUCGAAUUCAAAUGUUCAAGAAAAUUUUAGUCCACAACAAAUUAAGGAUAAAAUUACAACGAAUUCAUCUCCAGGCUUUCGUUUAGAUCAAACUGGGAGGUGGUAAACGCAAAAAGAAUAAAAUGAAAAUCAAAAUGAUGGUGAAGUAAGAAUAAAUAUGCCAAAAAUAGAAUAGGAAAAUAAAUCAAAUGAAAAAAUGCCUAAUCAGAACUUUUUCAAUAAUGGUAUUAGAACCAAAAAGAAAUCAUUAUUAGUUUAUGAUACUGCUUUCAUCUAGAACGCUAUAUAAAACGAGAGAAAGAAUAGUUCAGCCUUAAAUAGCUAGACUUCCAGUCCAAUUUCGCCUAUCUCACCUAUCUUUACUGAGAGUGAAAAAGAAUUCUUAAUUGUUAGUUAUGAGAUAUUUUUUUAUACCCACAAAUAUUCUCAAUUCUAUUUGUUUGAUAUUGUAAAACAAGCUGAUGAAAAUAAUCUAAGGAAUAAAAACAAGUUAAAUUAAUUGAAAGAAGAAUAAUCUAUUAUUGAAAGCAACCAAAAUGAAAACACAACAAAUUUAAAUAAUUAACAAUAGCAAAAUGAGAAAAUGUUAUUAUAACAAAUAUAUGAAGUAUCAGCAAGCUAUCUGCAAGAACAGUAGCAGCAGUAUCUCAUUCCAAGAUAAAAGAUUUCUUCAUUAGAUUUAGAUAUGAAUGAUAGCCAAACUUAAUCUACAUUCACGUAGAAGCUUAGUGAUGGAUUUAAAUCCACACAAUCGUAUUCAAGUGGAUCGUUUUCAAUUUCAUAUCCAUUUUAAUCUUUCCAAUUAAGUUUAAACAAUAACUCCGGAGGGAUAGGCAAUUCUUAUUCAAAUAAUGAAAUUUCUUUGUGCAGCUUUUAGAACGAUAAUUCUAUGGAAAAAAGUCAUAAUAUGCUUUAAGAUGAGAUAAUCAAUUAAAGCAUUUCGUAAGAUAAUUAAUAGAUCAGUAAAUCUAAUCAAAAUAUUGCAAUAAACAACAACUCUAUGCUGGUUUCUUCCUCUACUCAUUUUAACAUAAAAAAUACUAAUUCAUUAAAGACAACAAAAAGCUUGGAAAAAUAACUAAUUGGUUCUGGAUCAAACUAUCUAAAAUCACUUAAGCAAGCUUGUAAGGAGUAAGAUGACUAUGUCAAUAGUUAUUUAAAGAUGCUGUUAUACAGGUAAAGGUAAAAUAUAGUCAAAUAAGAUGUAACUCCUAGAAGUAUGCCUCGUCUUUAAGUUAAUAAUUAGAGAAUAAUGUUAAGUGCAAAAUCUUUAACUUUCGGAGAAGCAUCUGCUUCUUUUUAAAAUCAAGAUUAUAACAAUAACAACUCAAGUGAAGAGCCAAAUCCCAAAUUAUAGACAAAUAAUUUUUCACAAAAACUUAAUGAAAACACUAGCUCGUAGGGUUUUCAUAGAUAAAAAAGUAGAUCGAGUAGCGGAGGCAGUAACUAUAAUCAUCAUAAUGAAACAUUCUAAUAUGAAUCCAAUACUUCAAUUAAUGAGCAAGAUUUUGAAGAGGAAGAUGAUUCACCUGAAAGAAAUUUUGAAGAACAAAACCAAAUUACGCAUUCAGAUGACCUAGAUAUUAGCGCUAAUAGCUAAAUCAGUCAUCAUAGCUUAAAGCAAUUUAAUGUACAUUAGCAUCACCACUAUAAUCAUCACAGUCAUUUAUUUAAUCAUCAUCUUCAACCCCACUCAAGUAAGUCCUUAAAGCAAAUUAAAUACAACUUAAACCCCGAUUGGACGAGAAGCCUUCCUUAAACAUAAAUUAAAAAAAAAUCUCAAAAUUUUGUUUCACUGAUGUAAGAAGUGAAAGAAGAAAGAGAAGAUAGCGAACUUUUCAACUCUCUAUUAUUAGAUAGGAAAAAAAGAAGAGAAAAAAACACAUCAGCUUAAUAAAAUUUUUCUGAUUCUCAAAAAUCAUUAGAAAAAGAUAAAUUAGGAAUAUUUAAUUAAAAUUCUUUGGAUACAUAAAAAUCUAUUACUUUUUUAAGAUGUAGCGCAUCAUCAACUAAAUCUGUUCCAAAAAAUGAAAUGAAAAUAUGCAACACAAGUCUUGAUUCUGCACCUAAUGCAAAUCAAAAUGGUAGAUUUUCAUAAUCUCCUUCUUCCAACAACCUAGAAAUGCUUUUCCCAAGAUUUUCACAAAACACACAUGAGAGCUUAGUAAUCAACGAGCAAGUUGAAAUUUAAUCAAGAAAAGUUGAAAGUGAAGAUGAUUAGCAAAAUGCAGAACCAGAAACAAACAGAAAUUCAAAUUAAAAUGAAACUAAUUAAAUAAGCUAAGAAAAAGAUUAAAAUGAAAGUCCAUAAAUAAAUUAAGAAAAUGGCAAGGUUGAAACUCUUCCUUAAAUGAGCUAAGAAAAAGUUGUAAGUAAAAACGAUAUUAAUAAAUAAAAAGAAAGUUCUGAAGAUGAAUCUUGUAGUUCUUCUUCAUAGUCUUCGGAUUCGUCAGAGUCCUCUAAUUCAAACAUUUCUUAAAAUAAAUUUACACCCUAAAAGAAAAAAUCAAAUGAAAAAUCAAUCAAAAGAGAGAAAAGUUAGACUGCAGACAGCAAAAAUAAUAAAGAGUAAUUAUCUGAGAGCAUCAUCAAAUAUUAAAAUAAAAUAACCAAAUAAACAAAAAAACCUAGAAGCAAAUUUAAAAAGAGUAGGUAAGAGAGAAAAGAUUCUGAAAACCAAAAUUCUGAAAAAAGUAGAAAUGAUUCUAACUCAGCUUCAUAAAGCAGUGGUAAAAUGAAUAGAACGUUUGAUACAGAAAACUCUUCUUCUGCUGCAUCAAGCAUUAUUAGAGGCAAAAAAUCAUUUGAUUAAGAUUAUUAGCUAAAUCAUAAUUUAGAUCUCAACUUAGUAAAUAAUAAAAAUUUAUAAAGAAGAGGAGGAAUAUAAGUAAGAACGGCCUUAAAGCACCUUACAAAGAGGGGGAAAGAGUUUGAUACUUUGGGAGUAGUUAAGCCUAACUUUAACUUAAUUAAUGAAAUAAAUUUUAACUAUGAUUCUCCAUAAGAGAAUUCUUUCAACAAAAAAGGCAGCUUUGAAAUAAAUUAAUAAUAAUCCAGCAAAAAUAUUACCUUGAAUAUUCCAAAAACUUUAAACCAAAGCUAAUCUCUGAGCGUAAUACCACAUAUUAACUUCAUCAAAUCACCUUAAACCAAUAAAGAAAGUACAAGCUAAUUUAGUUUUAUGAACGAAAGUAUUUUAGACACUAAAUAGACAAUGACUUAGUCCCUAGAUAAAAAGACUUACAAUAGAUAGAGCUCAUAAGAAAGUGAAUCAAAUAAAAGCUAAAUUAAAUAAAAGAAGAAAAAUAGUUUCUUUACCAAAAUUUUGAAAUUUUUCCAAAAAAAUGAUAGAGAUGAUUCAAACAAAUAUAACUCACCCUCAUUAUCAAAAGAAUUAAAUUGUGAUACAGGAUACAUCCCACCCAGUAUGGAUAUUACUAAAAAUAAAUAUUUGAAAAGAGGCUUUUAGCUGAAUGGAAUGACAUUUUAUAAGAUUAAAGAUGUUCUAAGCUAUGAAAAGAGCAAAGGAAAAGCAGCACUUAAAAGUAGUUCCAUAGACAUGGAGCAGAGCUAUAUUAUGAACAACUCAACUAUUAUGAUUAGUCCUUCAACCACUAAAUAAAAUUUUAAAUACAAUUAAACUAUUAAUAAUAACAGUAUUUACUUUGCUAACACUGAAUAGAUCAUAAAAAAUUCUAUAUCGAAAAAUAACUCUAAAAGCUAACUUUUGUCACCAAUCGUAUUUAGUGAUCACUUUCAAAGUUAAAAUUAAUCUGACACUCCACUCUCUAACAUUUCUAGUAGCGCAGUAGAAUAGAAUUAUAAUGAGGAAGAGCAAUUCGAAAAAGAGUUGUAAGAAAUGUUUGAGAGAUCUUCUAAUCAAGCUGACUAUGACUUGUAAGACAGAAAAAACAAUCUCGUAAACCUUUAUGGUAAAUCAAGUAACCUUAGACAGCUAGCUAAGAAAUCAAGUCUUAACUAUAAAGAACUUAGCAUUAUAGUUGACGAAGAAAUGAGCCACGAAAAUAGCUUAGCAAAUAGGUUGGCUCAGAAUAAUUUGAAAAAAGGAUGCAACUUUAAAAAAGAAUUGAUAAAGAGGGAAAUAAACGAAGAAUAACUAUUUACAUAUCCCAGAGAAUCAGUUAACUUUAUUACAUAUUAAAAGGAACAGCUAAGAAUUUAAAAAAAAAUAAAAAUUUAAUCUGCAAAAAAUUGUUUAGAAUAUCAACUUAUAUUUAAUCAAACAUGUAAUUGGACUAAACUGAAGUUAAAAGUGAAGAAAGCAUUUUAAUUAUACAGAAUCUAUCUCUAAAAGAAGUAAUUCUAUCCUAAAAAGAAAGAACUAAAAGAUUUCUUCUCUUAAUAGUAAUAAUUAAUUUACUAAAAGUAAAUAAUCAAAGAUAUAGAAAGGGAGUAAGAAUAAAAAGACAUUGAAAAAUAAUAAUAUGAAGAUUUUGAUCCAUUCAACUAUUUACAAUCUUCGAGGCUAAAAAUAAUACAAAACAGUAGAUUAGUAAAACAACUCACAGAUGACACUUUUAAUAAUCCUUUUUGA